AUACCCAACCUCUCCAUCACAGCUGCAUCCCUGAGCGUGGGAGGGGGCUGCGAUGGCAGCUGGGGCCCCAGAACGACUAGGGCAAUUUCAUCUCCGUGUUCACUCUUCAGAGAGCAGCCCUUUCUCUGUGCAGCUGGAGAGACGGGUAAGCAAAGCUGGGUCCAGGUGCUUCUGGGUUGGAUUGAGCAAACCUACACAGACAGGGGUGCAUGUGCACCAUCCGGAACAGCCCGCCCCUGCCCCUGUUCAGCUCAUCCGUGUGUUAAGUGCAAUGACCUAUUUAAGGUAAACCCAUUCCACCUACGCCUGUUUGGGGCUUAUCCAAGCACUGCCUCCCUCCCACUCUGUCCAAGUUGCCUGGACCAUAAGCUCAACUUGAGAGGGAAGGCCUUGGGUUUGAGGACUUGUGAUCAGAAAAACUGAAGAUGGAAGUUUGGGUCAGUACUAAUAUGUAUUAGACAUGGGUCCUCACCCUGUGUCCUGAGCCUGGGUCAUUUUUCUUCAUCCAGUCACACCCCCCCCUCCAUGCCCCACUUAUCCUAAACAUGACAACAUGUAGCCUGACAGUCCCAGCCCCAACCCUAAAGGUCAUCUCUCCAACACCACCAAACUCGGGGGCCCAAGGGCUGUGCCUGCCACCGCUCCCAUUUGCUGUCCCCUCUUCUCUCCUCUUCUGCAAUUGGUUUAUCCUCAUUGGGCUGUGUUCUCUCUUCCCUGAUUACCUGAUGUAUGGAAAUAAAUGUCCUUUUCCUCCUG